CAUUAUCUGCUAACGUAAAAUAUAUUCAAUUGACGGUUAACUUUGUCCCGCACCAAUUUCGUCCAGUUAAAGUUUCCAGCUUUCCCUCAGCCAAAAAUUUGCGGUCAUCUCUAUCAAAAUUAGAUCAAAUUGAAAUAGAGAGAAAUUAUUACAGUGAAUUAUAACGAAAUGGGUUUGAAGUUGUACGUCGAUCGAAGGUCCCAGCCAUCGCGUGCCGUCUUAAUCUUCUGCAAGAUGAACAAAAUUGAUUUCGAGGAGGUGAAAAUUGACCUUGCCAAGGGUCAGCACAAAUCGCCAGAGUUCAAAGAAAUCAAUCCAAUGGAGCAGGUUCCAGCAAUUAUUGAUGGAAGAUUUAAACUCUUUGAGAGUCACGCCAUUCUGAGCUAUCUCGCUUGUGCUUUUCCAGGAGUAUCAGAUCACUGGUAUCCGGCUGACCUGUUCAGCAGAGCCAAAAUUAAUUCAGUAUUAGACUGGCAUCACUCUAACCUACGUCGCGGUGCAGCAACCUUUGUUCUGAAUAGUACACUGGCACCUGCACUUGGUCUUCCAUUGAACCCACAAGCAGCAAGUGAGAGUGAGAUGCUUUUGCUGUCUUCUCUCUCGACAAUCGAAUCCCUUUGGCUUAAAGGAAAUGCAAAGUUCCUACUCGGAAAUUCUCAGCCAUCCAUUGCUGAUCUCAGCCUCGUUUGUGAAAUUAUGCAAUUGGAGGUACUGGAUGAUGACCAUCGGCAAAGAAUAUUGGAACCUCAUAAAAAGAUCGUACAGUGGAUUGAAAAUGUGAAGAAUUAUACAAACCCUCAUUUUGAGCAAGUGCAUGACGCUCUCUACGAAGUUAACAAGAUGUUGCGAAGCAAGUCAACCUCUACAGAAAAGUUAAAUUCAAAGCUUUAACAUGAUCAAGGGAUUGAUAGUCAUAAACAUACCACAAACUGUUUACAGAGUAAUAGUUUAAGGCUAUCCUUCAAUCAAGUUGCCCAAUAACUUCCAACGCGUUGAAGCCACGAUUCAUGUACAACUCUCUCUUGGUCGCUUACAUUCGAUGCUGUUUAUCAUCAUGAACUGUGAUACGAAAUUUAUGGAAAUAUGUUAGUUACAACUUACAAGUA